AGACGGGGACCAGCUUAGCGAGCGGGCAUGACGGGAAAAACCCACAUUGCUAAAAAUAGACCUCGACUUCUCAGAAAAUGAAGAGGUGGAUUUCCUGCUUUCGUUAUAAACACCACACAUCUACAGUGUUAGGACAGACCACAGUCGGAGAAGAAGCUGGUUGUCUACAGGUUGUCUACAGGUUGUCUACAUACACACCAUGAUUUAGUGGACAUGGAAUUCAAAGCAAAAUGUUCAGGUCAUAGACCAAAGUGAAGCUCCAAGACAGACAACAAUUAACACAAGGCAGACCAGAAUUACAGGGAAGAAAUGUCAGUCAAGGACAGAAACAAAUUCCGACAGAACUUGCUGUCAAUUUCUGAGGGUUUGACUGACGACGAUGUGACUCACAUGAAAAGUUUGUGUUCAGAUGUCAUCAGUAGAAAAGAAGCGGAUAAAAUAUCCAGUGGAUUUGAGUUGUUUGAACUGUUGGAGUCCAAAGGGAGGCUGAGUGUUGAUUAUGUGUGCUAUCUGGCUGAUCUUCUCAAGUGUGUUGGUCAGAUUUGUUUGUUGAAAUACAUCAAUCUCGGUGAUAUGACUUUGGGCACGGGGAGGUGUCAGAUAAACACUUUCAGAUUAUAUUUGACCAAACUUGGAAUGGAGAUUGAUGACAUUGAAUUUGAGGCCUUGAAAAAAGCUUGCAACUGCAACAAAGAAGAGAUAACUCAUUUCUACCAGCUGAUGACCUUCCUAGAGAAUCAGAAGAAGAUAACGGCACGUGACAUGAGCUUCUUGGAGGAUGUGUUCAAGAAGGCCAAGCUUCAGGGGGAUAUUCCAUCCAUUCUACAGUCAUUCAAACGCCAAUUAGCAUAUGAAGCUGACCAAUACAGAAUUACUUCAGAUCCUAAAGGAAUAUGUGUCAUUAUCAAUAAUGAGAACUUUACUUCGGGACAUACAAACAGGCGGGGAACAAGUGUUGAUGCUCGUAGGUUGGAAAGACUUUUUCAGACGUUCUCGUAUGAAGUAGAACUCCACAAGGAUCGUAAUGCCAAAGAAAUUACUGACAUCUUGAAGGCAAUAUCUGUCCGGGAUCAUUGGCGCUAUGACUGCUUCAUCUGCUGUGUGUUGUCUCAUGGUUCCAUGGGCCGCGUGUUUGGAGUGGAUGGGAUGGAUGUGGCAAUAUCCAGCCUGUUGGAACUGUUCUUUGACAGUAAAUGUCCCUCCCUGGCCGAGAAACCGAAGCUCUUCUUCUUCCAGGCAUGUCAAGGGGAUGCUUCCCAGCAAGGACUAGAAAUGGAUAUUCCUGCUAUGGAUGUCAAGUCUGAUGUCCUAAUUGAUGACAAGCAGCCAUCAGCUGUGGACCUUGAGGCCAAUAUGUUGCUAGGAUACGCUACGCCCCCUGGCUACAAGUCCUAUCGGAGUGAGGACGAGGGGUCUUGGUAUAUCCAGGCUCUUGUUGACAGACUGAAAGGAAGUGCAGAAAGAGAAAACAUUUUGGAUAUUUUGACCCAAGUUAACAAUGACGUCUCCAAGAAGCAUGGCUAUGCGCGAGAUGGAAGUGGCUAUGUGACACAAAUCCCUUGUCCUGUUUUCACUCUCAAGAAGAAACUUUUCCUUGAUUUUGACACGAAGUUAAACCACCACCUACAGUACUGAAGUCGAUGCCAACAUGUGAUAUUUGUAAAUAGCAUCUGAAUAAACCAAUUAUACUUUCA